CCGUCAUUACUAACUAUAGAAAAUUGUACUCAGUCACAACACAUUAGGUCGAUGAAAAUAGGUUUUGCUUUACGAUUGAUCAUUCUAAACUGGUUGCAACUGAUAAACUGACAACGGAGAUGUUACUCAUAUCUUAAUGAAGCGGAAUACGAACAUAACAUUUUCUAUUUUUCACCCAACAUGCUUGGCUCAUAUGCCAGAAUUUCAAUUCAUUACUCAUCGAGAGCAUUCACCCUUUACUUGAUGAUGAUUUCAGGCGUUGAAAUCAUUAACAAUAAAAUUGAAGACAGUGAUUUGAAAUUUGAUGAAACUAUCUUCAAAGAUUUAACUUAGAUAUUUUCCAGACUUAAUACUGAGUAUGUAAACAAGGGUUUUGUUUACACCAUCUAAUAAACAAUUUUAUGUUUAUGUUUGAAGUUUUACGUAUAUACAUGUUUAUGAACAGUCUGUAUUUCUUUCUGUAUUUGCUUAUCACCCAAAGUAACCAAAAAAAUUCGCAGAUUUUUCUGUAUCUUCUAUUUGUUAAACGCUUUUUAAAAUGUCGUUUGACAUUAAAUGUAAAGAAGGUUUCUUUGAGGAAAACGUACACAUCCAAACGUUCUAAAUUUUUAUAUGAAUGGAUUUCAAAACAUUUCAAAUGUCCAUCUAAAAUCUUGGCAUAUCCUUUAACCUUUGAAACGGAGAUCUCAAGGCUAGCAACAUUUAGACCAAUCAUCUCCUCUAGGGAGACAGGCGUAUACUUAACAGAACUGGCCGAGGCUGGGUUCUACUACUCGUCCCAGACCUCGUCUGUCAUCUGUCAAGGCUGCAGCAAAUCUCACGCUUUAACGGCGUUCACGUCCAGCCCAGAGGGUAGAGAGUAUCACGGGAGUGGAUGUCGCUUCACUCAGCCAGGCUCAGGUGUGGUCUCACAAGAAGAUCAGACGUCACCUGGGGCCUCCCAGCCAGCGGCAGAGGGUAGAGAGUAUCACGGGAGUGGGUGUCGCUUCACUCAGCCAGGCUCAGGUGUGGUCUCACAAGAAGAUCAGACGUCACCUGGGACCUCCCAGCCAGCGGCAGAGGGUAGAGAGUAUCACGGGAGUGGAUGUCGCUUCACUCAGCCAGGCUCAGGUGUGGUCUCACAAGAAGAUCAGACGUCACCUGGGACAUCCCAGCCAGCUGCAGCCAAUCAACAUCACCACAACACUGGGGCUGGGGGAAGUGGUCGAAGGUAUGCUGGUCACCCAUCCAACCCUGCUUACAUCACAACACAAAAGAGAUUGGACAGCUUUGGCCAAUGGCCAGCUGGUCACACCCACCGCCCACCAGAUCUCGCAAAGUCUGGGUUUUAUUACGCAGGUUAUGCUGACUGUGUCCGCUGUUUUCAAUGUGGACUGGGAUUAAAGUCGUGGAAAGCAGGAGACGAUGUUGUGGAGCAGCACCGAAAAUUCAGACCAAACUGUCCGUUUCUGAUGUUACAGCUUCAAUAUUCGGACAACCACGUACUACUUGGUCACGGCUCUGGGAGCCAGAGAUCCCUUGAUUCACGUGACAGUCAGGCGACAAACGUUGAACCUCAGUUGUCAUCAGAUACACCUGGUCUGCAGGUAGACCAAACAAAUAGUUCUCAAACUUCCCAAAACGCUAACAGUGUCACACAAGCCGUGAGUGGUGAAGGCGUUGGUCGUCAGACUAAUGAAGCGUCUGGUGGCGAGCGCCAUAGUGCAACUGUUAACCAGAAAAAGCUUUCGUUACUUCUCAAGGAAAACCAGACUCUGAAACAACAAAUGUUGUGUAAAGUGUGCAGGACGGCCCCCAUCAAGGACCUGUUCCUGCCGUGUGGUGAUCUUUACGCUUGUGGCGACUGUUCCAAGUCUCUGACACAUUGUCCGGCCUGUAACAAACAGAUUCUGGCCACUGUCAAGACGUUUUUCACUUAAUAAAUA